UUUAAUAAUAAUUAUUAUUUGGGUUGCAGAACUGAGGUAAGAGAGGUCUGAGCAAGUAAGUACACCACAGGCUUUGGUUUUUGCUUUUGAAAGCACUGCUGCAAAAGCUUCAAACCAAGGAAGGAAGCCCCAACCCUUUUUUUCUCUCUCUAAAACUCUCUCUCUCUCUCUUCAUAUAUAUAUUAUAUGUAUAUAUCACUAGAAAAGCCAAAGUAGUCUGUUUAAUCGUCAUCAAUGCAAAGGACGGUACAGUCUUCCCCACACCCACUACUCAUCAUCUGCACCACAGCGUACACAAAUAGAGCAGCGGAGGAGCGGAACGGAGAUUCAGGAAAGGCAUGAAACCGGUGGUAUGGAGGUAGAUGAGAUCCCACGUAAGUACCCUAAAAUCAGCAAUGGUAAUCGGAGACCGGACUCAACGAAAAUAGGCCACGCUCUCAAAAUGGACGAGCAGUACCCCGACGAAGAAGAAGAAGGAGAGAACAAUAGGGAUGCCGGCGGCGGCGGCGGCGUCGUACGCGUCGGAGGAGUUGAUCUCGGUGGUGGUGUGGGUAGGUUUUACGGCUGGCCUUCGUCGCGAAUUGUUAGGGUUUCGCGAGCAUCCGGUGGGAAAGACAGGCACAGCAAAGUUCUGACAUCGAAGGGGCUGAGGGACCGGCGGGUGAGGCUCUCCGUCAACACCGCUAUUCAAUUCUACGAUUUACAGGACCGUCUGGGUUACGAUCAGCCGAGCAAGGCGGUGGAGUGGCUGUUGAAGGCGGCGGCCACCUCUAUUUCGGAGCUUCCUCCGAUGACCUCUCCUUUCCCCGACACCCCCAAGCAGCUGAGCGGCGAGAAGCGGUCGAGCACGGCCGGAAGUGAUCAACUCGGGCUCGACUCGGCCGAAGUGGAUAUGGACGGCGGUGCUGUUGGUGGUGGAGAUCCCAAUUACUCCCACCAUCAUCAGCUGACGAAAUCCUCCGCCUGUAGCAGCAAUUCCGAAAACAGUAAGGGUUCCGGCCUUUCUCUCUCUAGAUCUGAAAGCAGGAUUAAAGCCCGAGAGCGAGCAAAGGAAAGAGUAGCGGAAAAGGAGAAGGAAAAAGACAACGAAUCUCCCCAUGUUUCUUCUCUGAAUAACCCUAUUUCUCAGACCACUUCUUUUACUGAGCUCUUGAGCGGAGGGAUUAAUAGCAGCACUAAUGGCGGCGGCGGCGGCGGCGGCGGCAGCUCAGUUCAUCAAAACCCCAACAUGAACGAGUCCAAUUUCUUCCUAAAAUCUCCGAGGCAGCAAUGGUCAUCUACUCCGAUGGAUUAUUUCAAUACCGGGCUUUUAGGUCCGCCGGGAACUCGUUCGGGGCAAAUGCAUUUGGCAGCAAAUCCGUUCACAUCGGUGGCUUCUCAAAUGUUCAGUGUUGCCGGAGACCACCAACCGGAGCUCCACCACUUCUCUUUCGUACCAGAUCACUUAGCCCCAGAUGUAAAUGCUGCUGCCGGAGGGAACAACAGUAGCAGUGGCGGCGGCGGCGGCGAUUACAACUUGAACUUCACCAUCUCUUCUUCUGCAAACUCAUCCGGCCUUGCUGGUUUCAACCGGGGGACCCUUCAGUCCAAUUCUUCCUCGCCGUCAAUGCUGCCUCACCUCCAGAGGUUUUCCGACGGUUCUCCUCCAAGCUUCUUCGUAUCCACCGCCGCACCUGUGGAGAACCACCACCAGUUCCUCUCUGGGUACGACGCCGCCGGCCGCUUGCAGCUCUGCUACGGCGAUGCUCAUGCAAACAACGGCAGGCAUUCCGGCCAGAAAGGGAAAGGCAAGAACUGAGGAGUCGUCGUCGUCGUCGUUCAUUCCAGGUACGUAAGUACGAUGUCGGUUUCUGAGCAAAAAAUUGCUUACAUGCACCACAGCCUUGGCUGCUUAUAUUUGUUGUUUAUGCCUCUGAAUUUGCUGUUGUUGAUUCUGAGUUAUUAAUGUUAUUCAGCACUGUGAUUUUGCUGAUGGCAUAUUAUAAACCUCCUUUUUUUUUUCUUUCAUUCCGUUUGGAAUUUUUUUUGACUGUUUCUGCGUUUACGGAACUGUUCAUAUAAUUGUGUAUGACGAUCAUUUUCAAUUCUCUCUCUGGUAAUAAUUUCUGACGCCUCAUCCCUA